CUCCUCUCGAGCUUUGGUACCUUUAGUGAGGCUGAGGUAUUUGUAGCAAAAUUUGCUGAAUUAUGAAACGCGCCAUGGCAAUGAGACCCUCCCAUGCUCCAUUGACUCAUCUUGGUUUUGUCUGGGUUUCUACUUUCUGGUUCACCUUAGUGCUCAGCAUUUCUGUGAGUCAGUGUAAGCAGCUGGACACCGAAUCAAAGGUGUCUAGGACCUGUGGUGAAAAUGUGACCCUGAAUUGCAGUGCCAGCGUAGCAAUGCUGAAGGAUUCAAAGAUCGUCAAAUUUGACUGGCAACACAAAAAUACAACACUGUGCCAGUACAUGAACAAUACAUCUACCAGCAAGACUCAGUGCAACUUCAGAAACACAACAUCUGAACUCACUCUCUCUCUGACCAUCCUCGACAUAAACCCGUCCGAUGAAGGAGUCUACCACUGCAAACUGCACUCACUAGGUGCACACGCGAAUGGGCAGAGCCAUCUGAGAGUUGGAGACUGCUUUGGAAAGCCUAGCAAGGAUACACACCCUGACCAAUGCUCCUUUGAUGAAGUUUACCCCAUUGCUGACAUCCACUGGUUCCAGGGAGACGUAAACCUUACAGAUGGCACCGAAACGAUACAAAAUGAGGACGACAAAGGAUAUUUCACUGUCCAGAGUAAAGCACCGACGGAGAAAGGGGACCAGAGACUGCCUUAUAGAUGUUCACUGUGGAUGAACAACAGCUACGUCUCCGAACGCCUGGUUUCAUCAGGGAGCACAGCCCAAAUCCAGUGGAUCUGCAUUAUUAUGGGGAUCUUGAUGAAGAUUAUUAUCAUGUAAAAAUGCAGGCCCUUUGACUAUUGAUUGAGAUAAAACAUGAGCUACUAAUUGAGAUUAACAGUUCCUAAUGCUGGGGGAUUUGUGGUUGUGUGCAGGUAAGAGUGCAUUUCUUUUGGGAUUUCUGUAAAUUUUAUGUUCAGGUAUGAAUAGUGGCGGCAAACAGCUUCUUAUUUGAUUUAUUAAUUUGUUUUCAAACGGCAAAGUAGAAAAAUCAUAUAAACAAAACUAAAAAGAAAGAAUGGUAUAUUUAUGACUGGCUCGGACAGUAGUCACCCUUCAAACUUUAAAUUACAACACAGACUGUUAUUUGGAAUAUGACUUUCCACUGGGUGGCGCUACUGCAUUAUUGUUCUGUACUAUAAACUAUGUGCAAGAAUUACUACUUUUAGAUAGUUUUCAGUUUCUUAUGGUGGUAUUUUAUAUAUACUUACCAUGUGUGAAAAAAUAUUU